CAAUCUUCAGGGUAUAUGAAGCAGCCUAUUGCUGCUAGAAUCAUCGAGUUCCCAUUGAAACUCACCAUGGUGAACACGUACAACAUAUUUGCGGUUUUGGCCGUCGCCUUCUUGGCAUCCUUGUCCUUGAGUUCGGCUUUCGUUAAAGAAGACUUCGAUACAUCUAAGGACUUUCAAAAUAAUUUUGAUCCGGAGUUACAACCGUUUCUUCGGGAAAAAAGAGAAGAAAAUGCUUAUUACGUAAACAAGCCUGAUCCUUUGGAAUUGGAAGAAUUAUCAGAAUCCCAAACCGUCCACGACAGAAGGGCGAUCGCGGAAGAAACGAAAGAUGACAGGAAGACCGAAGAGCCAAAAACAAGUAAAGAUGGUGAAGAAGAUGCUAAGAAUGAUAUAUUUGCAUACAGGAGUAUGCAAGAUCUCAUCCAAGCAUUCAUUCUCGCGGACGAGCAAGAUAUUGCUAUGAGGCUACAACAAUUGCAAGAGAUUGAGAAUGCCACGCAAAUUGACAGCAAGAAAUUUAGCAAUUUACCGAAACGUCAAGCAUCCGCAGCUGCAGCUGCAGCCGCAUCUAGCAAUCUCGUGGGAGGUAAUUUGUGGGAUGCUGUUCCUCUGGACGAUCUGGAUGCUCAUUCUUGCGAAGUUGAGGCCUUCGACUAUGGUCACGGGCACUCGUCAGGUCUGGUCAUCCACGAAUUCUUCUGCGAGAUAAGAAAGUUGUGGCACUACUUACUGAUUAUUGUACGAAACUUAAGAGCCGGACUCACCUUGGGACCACUAAUCGCCGAGGAAGUCAUCGUCGAAGGUCGCGGCCUCUUACACUUCUUCCUUUAUCGUAUCCCACGACUUCUUUUCCACAUCAUAAGAGCGCCUCAUCACCUGUUGCUCCUUCCCGAUAUAUGCCGAGAUGCCAUUCCGUUCCCUAGCAUUGGCCGUGCUAUUCACCGACUCCUACACGUCGUAUUCAAAGUCAAGCACGUUAUACACGAGCUGCUUUGGGGACAUAUUCGCUACGUUGUCGGACACUUCUUCCGCUUACAUCACUUGGGUCUGAAUUUGCGAGACAGACUGCUUCAGCUUAGACUAACAAGAUUGCGGUAUCUGCAUCAAUUUGGUACGGCACUUCCAUGCGAGACGGCGGCGUCAGCAGGGUCAGCUGCUGCGACAGCAACAGCAACAGCAUCAGUCGCCGACGGCGGUGCAUAUGUCCCAGACUAUCACAACUCGCUGGCGGAAAUAUUAUCUUGCUUCCGUGGCAUCUACGGUGGCUACCACGCGUCUGGAAUACCCCAUAUGAUCAGGACUGGCGUGACGAGCAUCUCCACGUCCACGGUGUACUCUAGAGUGACUUCAUACUUGUCUAACAUCCCAGCAUACUGGGGCAGUCUACGUUCGUGUUUCUACAGAAUACCUUCCCUGGUUGCCAACUAUUGGCCACAACAGGUGGCCACAGCCAGCGCGGCCAGUGCAGCGAGCUCCGUGAGUUCUGCAGCAUCCGCCAGUGCCAGCGUUGUCGAAACGCAACCGUUGGUUUCGGCACCCCUGAUUUCCGCAGUACCAACGAUAGUCUCGCCAGUUCUUUCCUCUUCCGGUGCGGCAGCCGCGGCUGCAGCGACAGCAGCGGCAACGGCAGCGGCAUCAGCCUCGCCGAUAUCGAGCUACCGAGUCACCCCGCAACUUUACGAAUCCGCUGUGCCCUGCACACCCCUCGUUUCGGAGACCAUCGAGAACACGGUGUCCGAGAGUAGUUCCUCGAGCGUGGCCGUGGCCUCGCCGGAAGUUGGCGUCUCAGGAGGAGUCGCUUCCGCGUCCGCUGCAGCUUCAGCUUCAGCUUCAGACGGCGGUCUGGUUUCCAGUCCGUACAGAUACGGAGGACCCAUCUCUUCGAACGGCCUACUCGCCAAUCGAUACGGAGGACUCGAUGUGAAUCUCGGCGGUAGAAUUCCGCUGUAUCGUCAACGAAUCCGUCCUGUGAUCCUUCCUUCUUAUGCCUCUCCAUCGUCGGCUAGCGCUGCGACAGCCGCCGCAUCGGCGGCUUCCGGAAGCGCCGCCGCGGCCAGCUCGGCCAGCUCUCUCUCUUCGGGCGGCCUUAAUUUCAUCUUGCCCAGAGAACACGUCGUCGGUGCGAUAGGCCACGAUUAUUUGACACCGGGUGACCUCAUAGCGGUCACCUUGAGGAACAAGGCGAUCCUGGUAGGCCGCGUGUUGGAUGCCACCAGUCCGAUCAGUUUCAGCUUCCUCAGGCCAAAGUUGCGCGCUUCCCUGUUCCGUCAUGGUGGACGUGUCUGGAACCUCUUCCCCAGGGACUUCAGGGAUCCCGAAUGUAUCCGAAAGUUCAAUAAUCCUCUUCUGCUACGUUACACACUUUAGAUUUCACACAUUAUAUAACUCAUAACUAGUCCUAAAUCAUUAUCGACUAUCAACAUGUAUAUACCAAGUAAUUGUAAUCAACCAAUUUCAAAUAAAGAUGUAUUCUGAAAAUUAA